GCUCUAAUUAAUUCACCCCCGGAAAAACAAACUGUUCAGAAGAAAGAAGAGAGGGAAAAAGCUUAAUUUGGGGAUUUGAUUCAACAAUGAUGAAUCAACCAGGAAUGCAGAAGAACACACUAUACGUAGGAGGAUUAGCAGAGGAAGUUAAUGAAGGAAUCCUUCAUGCUGCAUUCAUUCCUUUUGGGGAAAUCAAAGAUGUGAAAACCCCACUUGACCAAGCUACUCAGAAGCACAGAUCCUUCGGUUUCGUCACUUUUUUGGAGAGAGAAGAUGCUGCUGCUGCCAUGGAUAAUAUGGAUGGUGCUGAACUUUAUGGCCGUGUUCUCACUGUUAAUUACGCUCUUCCUGAGAAAAUUAAGGGUGGUGAACAAGGCUGGGCUGCUCAACCUAUUUGGGCGGAUGCUGAUACAUGGUUUGAGAGGCAGCAGAUGGAAGAAGAAAUGCAGCGUCUCCAAGCUGAAAAUCUAGCUUCAGCAGAAGCAGCUGAAGAGUUGCACAGAAAGAAAAUGGCCGAGGAGCGUGAAGGGGAAAAAGAUGAUGACCCCAUGGCUAAGGCUGAAGCAGAGGUUCUACAACAAAAUCAGAGCUGAUUCGUCACAACCUUUUUUGAACCUGGAUAAAACAAGGGAGACGUGUUUUAGGACAUCUUUGUCAAAUACACUUGUAUUACUUUAGAUUUACUUCUAGAUAUUGCCUGCUUAGAUGUAUAAACAACAGAUUAGUAAUGAAUCAUACCAUUUUGCACCAAAAAAAGUAUACGUGUCUGGAUAUCUAAUGUGCCUUGCGCGUGAAAUCUUUUUUCCAGCAUUUGUUGUUAUUUUCAAUUUGACUGGCAGAAAGGUAUUUUUCCCA